AUGCAGCUCCGUGGACCGCUCGUCGGGCCUGAUAGGUGGUGGUAUCACACCCUUCUCAAAGAAACCGUACGUGACACUCUCGCGUCAUACGGCUCCGCCCCGGAAUCAUGCUUACGCCCUCUCCUUUCAGUCGAGUCACUCCGAGGAACGCCUUUGACCAAGGGGUCCUCGAACCAACCUGUCCUCCCUUUCUAUUCCUAG